AUGAGAUCGAUUAAAUUGACUGCUAAGUCGACAACAGAAUCAUUCAAUCCGGAAUCCAAAUUGUAUCAAGCACAAUCUAUUGAGAUAUUUCCGUCUGAUCACACUUUUCCCGCGUUUUUGCGUCAUUUUAAAGGAAAACAGGCAUUUAUAUCCUGCUUGACAUGCGAUGUUUUAGACUUAAUUGAGUUUGUGAAAAAAUGGAAACCAGGAGAGGCAUUUCGAGCGCUGGAAUACUUGAAAAUCGGAGUCUAUGAAGGUCGGAUCCCACAAAAUCAAGUUAUGCAAGAAAUCGGUGCAAAAGCGAUUGAUGCAACAAAACAACCAGCAGCGUACACUUUGCGAAAAUUAUAUGAUUGGGAGGAUUUGGGUCCAAACACGGAUCCAAUUAUCAGUCACUCAUAUGUUGUUAGAGAAUCUGAUAAUCGUGUGGCAUCUGUUCUAAUCGAGGAAGAUACACUCAGUUUUGGAGUAUGGGACAAAACAGAGGAGGAGUUUUCGAGAAUGAUGGAUUAA